AUGGUGGCCGUGGAGAAGCAGCUAGAGGCUUCCCAAUGCUUUUUGCGUGGGGUGCGUGCGUUGGCGUCCUACGAGGACAUCGAGCAGAAGCAGCUAAGGGGGCUUCUCAUUGCCUUGGGGAAAAGCAAGGAGCUGAGCACGACUCAGGCCGCUUCCUUGGUAGAAGCGAUUGAUGCGAGGCUGUGGUCGGAAUCAUCUGUUGAAGAAUUGCAGCGACAGGUUGCAGCAAAGACCUCGCAAGUCGAGGGCGAAGGUGAGCGUAGACGAAUGCAAGACUUCAGUCACAUCAUUCAUUUCUUACCGCAGGAGCUGGCGACCAUGAUAUUGGAAGGAAAAGGCACGGCUGACGCAGUCUUGCGAGCGCUGUGUCUGCAUGCUGGCCUUUUGUCACUACGUGUGCCAUCGGAAUACACAAUUGCAACCUUUGUGACCCUGGCGAACUGGAAGCAAUUCUGUGAUGGAAUGACGGAUAAGGAGAAGUAUGUGUUGCUUCAGCGGCAAAAGCACUUUGUGCGAAAAUGUUUGAGUGCCAUGGAUGAUGUGACCAAUCCACUGCUCGCAUUGCCAGUGGAGUUUGGACAGCUACCUGCGCAUCUUCGUGACGCUGCCUUUGGGGGGAGUUUGCCAGUGAAUAUGGCAGAGACCGGUGUGGCCAUGAUGCAAGCAGCCAGGACCAUGCCGAUGCGGGGGACGAAUCGUUCCUUGUCUUCUGCGGCGUCUACGGGACGCGCAAAGGAAGAUAUGACGGCUGAUUGGACUACGCGUGCAAUCACUGCAGCGGUGCAGGGAGCUGUGGCUGCGAGCCAUUCACUCUUAGCGCAUGGUGGGGCGGCAGCGACGGCUUCGAGUGCGACGACUGGUUUGCCAAGUGCAGCCAUGGAGGUGCGUCCUCCACCACUGUUGGCGCUGACCAAUGCGCCGCACGCAGAGAUGGCAGCGAAGGAGUUGAUGCCGGAUGUGGGUACGUUGGCUGGACGUGCGGCAGCGGCGCAGGUGUCAUCGCAAGACGGUGACGAAGGGGCGCAACAUCUACGAGAUGUGGAGUCGCAAUUGGCUGCCUUACGGGCCGUGGCGCCAAAGGCGACGGCGAAAGGCAAAGCUAAGAGCUUGUGUAAGAGACCAGCAACGAAAGCGAGUCUUCGGAAGCGCCCAGCAGCUGCAAUGGCACCGAAGGGGUAUUCUGACCGCAAGGCUUCAGCAGCUGCGAAGGGAAAAAGCUCUGGCAAGACAUCUACGGGAUGUCCGAUGAGUGCCAAAGCGAAGGCAAAGCGGACGGAUCCCAAGGCGGCUACGGUCACUUUGUCACGUCAGGCUAGGCGUCAAGCCAUUUUGGCAGUGGUGCCCAAGAAGGUGCAGCUGCAGUUUCAGAAUGGCCACCCGCGCCGUUCUGCCUUGGGGUGUACACCUGUGGGGGCGGAGGACGCCAUGGCGGACGAGAAGGACGAUGACAAGGAGUCGUAUUCCUAUGUCUCAGAGGAGGAGGAAGAGGUGGUCGAGCCCGCAGCGGAACCCGCGCCGCCACGUGCGGCGUCGAGACCGCCACGCGCGGAUGCGACAGCAGAGGGAGAAUCUGCAGCAGCGCCACGCGCGCGGUCUGCUCCUCCAGGCUGCGCGGCGAAGUCGGCCGCGGCGAAGUCGGCCCCGGCGAAGCGUCGGACGAGGAGCGAGGACUCCAGGGGACCUAGCCCUGUGAUGCCGCCGCCGCUACGUGCGGAGCGCCGAGAGGGGUCACCGAGGCGUGGCACUGCCCCGACACGACCCAUGCGGUCCUUGCCGCCAGCUGCCUUAGAUGAACCGCUGCCAGACGCAGACGAGAGGCGGCGUCCACCUGGGGAAAGUGGCGGAAAAGGUGGCAAAGGAAAAGGCCCCAGCGGCUAUGGCAGGCGCUAUCAAUCGUGCCCGCAUUGCUGGCAUGAUGUCGCCGUGACCCCACGCGGGUCAGGGCUAUCGCAGCAUUGCAUGUGGUGGAAUGGCGCGCCCAUGAAAUCAAGAGUCGUCGCGAACAUGAGUGGGAGCCGCCUGGUCACGAAGAAGUGA